AUGGCGACCGCGCUCUCCAAAUCCGCCGUCAAAUCCCACCCUAGGUCGCCCACCACAGCCCAGCCGCCGCCGCCGCCGCCGCCGCCGAACCCCGGCUCCAGCGCCGCGUCGGCUGGCGGUGGGGCGGCGCCUCCGCCGCCGUCGUCGGCCGCCGCUGCCGCGGCGCCGUCGAAGAACGCGGCGAUGGCGGAGCUCAAGUCGCGCGUGCUCGCCGCGCUCGCCAAGCUCUCGGACCGCGACACGCAUCACAUCGCCGUCGAGGAGCUGGAACGCAUCAUCCGCGCGCCGCCGUCGACCGACGCCGUGCCCAUGCUGCUCAACGCGCUGGCAUCCGACUCCCCGGGGUUUGCCUCACCGGCGAGGCGCGAGUCGCUGCGCCUCCUCGCCACGCUCUGCGCGUCGCACCUGGACGCCGCCGCGCCGCACCUCCACAAGGUGCUCGCUCACCUCGCGCGGCGGCUCAAGGACCCGGCGUCCGACACCUCCGUCCGCGACGCGUGCCGAGACGUCGCGGGCCAGCUUGCGGCAGUGUACCUCCGCCCUCUGUCCGCUUCCGGCGUUGCCGAGGCGGGCAAUGCGACCGUGACGCUGUUCGUGAAGCCGCUGUUCGAGGUGAUGGGGGAGCAGAGCAAAGCGGUGCAGGGUGGGGCGGCCGCAUGCUUGGCCAAGGCGGUGGAAGGGGCGGGGCCUGGGCCCGGUGCCAUCGGCAUGUUUGGGAAGCUCGGUCCUAGGAUUUGCAAGUUGCUCGGUGGGCAGGGCGUGCAAGCCAAGGCGUCAUUGCUCGGCGUCAUGGGAAGUUUGGCGCAGGUGGGAGCAAUCAGUUCCCAGAAUAUGCAGCAGACUCUGCAAAGUAUCCGUGACUGCCUUGAGAACAGCGAUUGGGCUACUAGAAAAGCAGCUGCUGAUACAUUAUGUGUCUUUGCUACCCAUUCUGGUCACUUGAUAGGUGAUGGAACUGCUCCCACCAUUGCUGCUCUCGAAGCUUGCCGUUUUGAUAAGGUAAGGCCUGUCAGAGAUAGCAUGAUUGAUGCAGUACAGUUGUGGAAAAAGUUGACUGGAGAAGAUGCAAAUGAUGGUAGAAAUAAGGAUCUAGCUGAUGGUGAAGGGAAACUGGACUUAAGAAGGUCAAUGCAAAGAGGUGGAAAAUCAGAAUCCUUCGAUGAUUCCUCUCCGGAUUCACCUAGUAACAACGUGAAGGGCAGUAGCAUAGCUGAAAAGGCAGCGGUUCUUUUGAAGAAAAGACCAACAUUAACUGACAGGGAACUGAACCCUGAGUUUUUCCAAAAGCUUGAGACAAGGAAAACAGAUGACUUGGCAGUUGAGGUUGUAGUCCCUCGCAAGACUCUUCAAUCCCACUUACGAAGCGAAGGUGAAACAGAAGAAGAUGAUGAUCCUGUUGGUCCAGCUGACAGCAAUGGAUCAGCUGAAGAUGAAGCAAAUCUAACUCAAAUGCGUGCUAGCUCUAACUUUCAAAAUAUUCGGGAUAAAUGGGCUGGCCAAAGGGGAAAUAGAAACAAAGAUACAAAAGCUAGGACAGCUGAUGUUGAAGAUAGGGGUGAACCCAGCACAAAAGAUUCCACUUCUGCAACCAUGAACAUUCCUGGAGAAGGCCCAUUCAUAAAUAAUAAAACAAAUUGGUUAGCAAUACAGAGGCAAUUGUCACACUUGGAGAGACAGCAAACUAGUCUCAUGAACAUGUUGCAGGAUUUCAUGGGAGGAUCUCAUGACAGCAUGGUUACUUUGGAGAACAGAGUACGUGGUCUUGAGAGAGUUGUUGAGGAAAUGGCUAGGGAAAUAUCACUCUCGUCAGGCAGGAGAGGUGGUGGUCCAGCGCUGGGCUUUGAUUCAUCUCCUGGCAGAUCAUCUAAAUACAAUGGUUUCCAUGAAUAUUCUAAUUCAAAAUUUGGAAGGAGUGGUGAUGGACGGAUGGGAUUUGCAGAAAGGUAUUUCUCUGCAGAUGGUAUGGCUUCUGGUACGAAAAACCCAUCUUGGAGACCAGAUUCUGAACCAUGGGACUCGUAUGCUUAUUCUGGAUCAAGAAGCGGUAUGAAUGUGAGGAUAGGAUUAGAUUCUGUUUCAUCUGACAAUAGGAUGGCAAGAAAUGAACGGAGUAAUGAUCAAGCGGGUCCUCGGAGAGGUUGGGACAAAGGGCAGGGACCCUUUAGGUUCGGUGAGGGUCCUUCUGCCCGAAGUGCAUGGCGGGCCUCAAAAGAUGAGGCAACACUGGAAGCUAUUAGAGUGGCCGGUGAAGAUAAUGGAAAUUCAAGAGCCGCUACAAGAGUUGCUAUUCCUGAACUGGAUGGAGAAGCUUUGAAUGAUGACAACCAAGGGGAUGAAAGAGGCCCACUUUGGGAGGCCUGGACUCGCGCGAUGGAUGCUGUUCAUCUUGAUGAUAUGGACUCUGCUUAUGCUGAGGUUCUUUCAACUGGUGACGCUGAAUUACUUGUAAAGUUGAUGGAGCAAACUGGACCGGUUGUUGAUCAACUUUCAAAUGAGGUUGCAAAUGAAGUCCUACAUGCAGUGGGGCAGUUUCUCGUGGAAGAAAGCUUCUAUGAUGUAGCAUUAAACUGGCUUCAGCAGUUAACUGAUCUGGUAAUGGAAAACGGCGCUGAUUAUCUCGGAAUACCUCUAGAUGCAAAGCAGGACCUCUUACUGGGACUUCAUGAUGCUACAGCGAUUGAGCUGCCUGAUGACUGGGAGGGUGCGACACCCAUGCAGAUAAUGAAGCAGCUAGCUUCAUCCUGGCGCAUCGACCUUCAGCAACUUAUCAAUUAG